ACCUUAUUUCCUCAUAGAACAGUGAAAGGAAGAUGAGUUGUGACAACCCAUGAAGAAAAGUAGAUGGACUGUUUCCCCCUAAUUCUUGGAUUUGCCUCUCAUCCGCUUGAUGGCUUUUCUCAACCCCCUUUGUUCUUUUGUGCUCUUCCUCUUGGUAUCAGUAACACAUGUUCAGACACAGAAUGCAGAGUGUUCGGUAGACAACAGGUUUGUUGAAAUAAAGGAGAACAACCAUCCAGGGUUGGUGAUUACUAACAUUAAUGCUGAUCCUGGCAUUACCGUCACAAUUAAACCUUCUACAGCAGCAGGCUCUCCUACUUCUGAAUGGUUUGAAAUAAAGGGCUCGCAACUCAUCCUGAAUGAGCGUGUGGAUUUUGAGAGUAUAUCAGUGAUUCAGCUGGAUCUGAUAUGCUGGAAAGGGAAUGAGGAAGUAAAAAAGUUACUUGUUAUUAUAACGAUUGGAAAUGAGAAUGAUAAUGCUCCAGUGUUCAAGGAAACUAACAUCACUGUUGAUGUUGCUGAGGAUACAAAAGUGAACACAAUCGUCGUACCCCUGGCGAACGUAACUGCUACUGAUGUUGACCUUGAUGUACUGUUCUACCGCCUUAAAGGAAGCCCACCAGAGGCAAUGGAUUAUUUCAAUAUACAAGGAAUUAACAACCCACAAAUUUACUUGCGUAAAGCCCUGAAUUAUGAAGCCAUUAAUUUUAUGGAGUUUACUUUAAGUGCCAUGGAUGGGAGCGCUGGUGCAGCAGGGACACACACAGCCACAGCCACAAUAUCCAUACGGGUUGUAGAGUCUGACCUCAGACCUCCCUGGUUUCAGCCAUGUACUGCCUUAGGAGGCCGCAUAGUGUGUAUCAGCCUUGGCUACACUAGCAAAGUCAAUCUCUCAGAAUAUGUGAGUGGGCCACUGAUCUUGGAGCCAGGACCCCUGUAUGCUAUUGAUGGAGAAAGAAGUUUGAAUGAAAAAGUAGUAUAUGAAAUUGCUGCUGGAAAUGAUAAUGACACAUUCUUAAUAAACAGAGAUUCUGGAAACAUCACCAUGAACAAGUCUGCAAACACUCUGAAAACAUUCACGUUGUAUAUUGUGGCUUCCCAAGACAACAAUCCAUUCAGAUAUUCUCAGACAACAGUGAAAAUUGAUGUUGUACGGAAAAAUGAUAAUCAUCCCUACUUUGAGAAAACCUUUUACACAGGAAGAGUGUCUGUGGACCAGCCUGCAAAGACUCUGAUCAUGAAAACAAACACAUCCUCAGAACCCCUGCAGAUCUUUGCAGCAGAUGAUGACUUCUUGCCAGAUAAAAUCAACCCAGAUAUCAAAUACAGAAUACAAAACAGUUCAGAUUUCAGAGUCACUGCAGACGGAUUUAUCCAAACCACUGUAGUUCUGAAUGUAUCAUCUCAUAUUACCCUUUCGGCAAUUGCUACUGACACCAAUACUCUGGAAGAAGCAAGCACACUGAUCUCAGUUGAUGUCGCACCUUUGGCAAGUAUGUUGGGAAUGCUCUCUUCAUGUCUUAUAUGGUCAAAUUCCCCUGCAACAAGCUGGACUACCAUAUCAUAUGUAACUUCAAAGGCAGCUUUUAUAUCAUCUAAAAAGCCUAGUACCCAAGGUAAAGUAACUCCAUCAGUAAACGAAUCUCAUAAAACAGUGGAACCUAGCAAUCCUCCAAUGUCUUCUACAACUAGUCCAGAAGGUCCCUACAGUGUAGAAGACAUGGCUGCUCUGGGAGCCACACUGGGGAGCUUACUCGCAAUUGCACUAGCCUUGCUUGCAUUGAUGUCCUGCAAGUAUUACAAAUUAAAAAAAGAACUUGAAAAAGACAGUCUGAAAAUUACAGAAGACUUUUCCAAUGCCAACUUCCAGGAUGAUGAGACAUCUAACUCAGGUGGAAAAGAUGAUCAAUCACCAGCAAGCAUUAUGUCCAAGAGUUAUGCAGAGGAGAAGGAACCAGAAGGCAAUCAAACCCAGACAGCUCCUGAAACAAUCCAAGAAGAAGAAACUGUGGAUAGAGACAGUGAAAAGGAAGUAAGAUCCAUCCUCACAAAAGAAAGGAAAAUGGAAGAUGAUGGCUACAAGGCAGUGUGGUUUAGAGAAGAUGUUGUUCCAGAAGCUAAGAGUGAUAUAGUGAUGAUUGAAGAUGACAGUGACCUAGAACAGAGCAGGACUGGGUCUGAGAAUGAUAGUACUGCUGUUGAGGAUGAUUUCAGUGAUGAUACUGAUAGCGGCAGAGGUGACAGCGACAUAAAUGUGAGUCCAGGAAGAGCGCAGCUCCUCAACACUAAUCCUUCUGCCAGCCAGUCUCUUGAAGAAGCAGAAGAAAAUGAUGAUGCUUUGUAAAACCAACCAAAUAAAGUGGCUUUUCAAAGAUA